UCUGAGUGGAGGGAAACUUGGAGCUCCCGAGCUAAGCCGUUUUCGUCUUGGGCGGCCCGUAGGGAUCCCCGGGAAGAUCAACCUGCACUUGGUCCGUGCGCCAGCGCUAUCAUCUCGUCCCAGACUUUAGGUACCUUACACUAUUCCAGACCGUUGACUUGAUCUGAUACUGAACACACUCGUCCUUUCGACCCCAACCCCUUCAAAUAUCCUCCCUCUAGGACCCCCAUCUGUAUCCGUCUUCAAGAUUGACUAUCGAUAAUUGUGCUACACCAACUCGCCGCUUUUUCCAGGUCCGGCCAGUACUGAUGGCGCACUGCCUUGUUUUCUCGUCUCAACCAUUAUCUCACAAUCGAGAUACGCGCUUCCCAGGUUCUCAGACCUGAUGCCGAGCAAGUCUCGCCGCCCAAUCAUCGCAGGUGACCGCCAAGUCACCACCCAAUAUGGCAAUGUGGCAGGCCUCAGACCGUUCUAGCCAGAAACUGCAGUCAGGAAGAUUGCAUCUUCUGCUGUGCCGCACAGCUUCCCCUGUCUAGCCAUAGUCACUGGGCGACGACCCCUACCUGGGCUUUCAUGCGCGCGAUCGAGUGACGCCCCCGUUCUGUGCUUUAAUACCUACCCUGCCUCAGCCCUCAUACCCCCCGCGACAUCGGGCCAUGAAGACUUUAAACGGAGGCCGGGACCUUGUUGAAUGUCUUGAGAGUUUCCAGGUCCUUAUCCCGGCCAUGUAAUGCGUGGACCGCAAAGCCCCGCUCUCCAAUAUGAACGCGCCCGACGACGACGACGACAGGUCCAGCGGCGGCCCGAAGUACAUUUUCGAGCGGCACGAGGAGAAGAAGAUUAGGCGUCGGCUGAUCAUGAGCGCCUUCUUCUUUGACUUCUUCGCCAUGGCGGUCAUCAUCGCCCUUUGCGUCGGCGGCUGGACGAGGAGCAACGAGGGCUGGGCGACCACCACCAUGAGCGAAGAUUCGCACCUCGUCACGUGGUCGGCAGCAUACCGUCGCAGCGAGACCGGGCUCCAAAGCACCUUCGUCGUGAGCUGGUUUCUUAGCAGCACCUGCUACAGCGAGUACAACAAUAACAACGACUUCGCCCAGGGCGGCUGCAUCCACCGGAAGCCCGGCAGCCCCUUCAACCUCGGCAAGAUUAUGUACGAGAUCGAAAUCAAACUGGUCGAGACGGCCAGUGCGUAUUAUGGCGUGGGCGUGGAAGGCAUGUUUGAGGGUCUGGAAGGCGCUGACUUGUCUUCCGCCGCCACGAUAACCUCGUCGCGCGACGCCGUCGCCUCCUACGUUGUCUUCUUGGUGCUGUCUCUUGGAGCGUGGAUGUGGCACGGCUUCGUCAAGAGGAAUUCGAUCGUAAUCAAGCUCAACACCUGGCGCGUCAUGGCAUGUACGCAAGCCCUCGCGGCGAUCGCGCUGCUGGUCGCCUCGGCUUUGACGACAGCAUCCGCUUUGAAGGCGAAUGCCGUGCUCGGGAAGUACGAGAGCGUUUUCGAAUACCACUCGGCAGGCACUUCUUUCAAGGCCAUGACAUGGUGUGCGUUCGGCAGUCACCUAUUCAGCUUGCUGGCGUAUUUCGGUUCCAUCUUCAUGUGGCAGCGACUGCAGCGGCCGGAGCUCUAUCCUCCAGAGCCGGAACCGGAGCCGGGCGCGGUUCCACUCGCGGUCGCAGGGUUUGGAGAAAACAGACGAAACCGACGAGACGCGCCCGUUCACAGGGAGCAUGAUCCGAACAACGUCGACGACGAACUGCCGCCCUACUCGAGGGUUGACCCGAUCGGAAUGAAUAUAAGUGGGAGAAGGAGCCCGAGGGGGUCUGGGGCAUCGCCAGGGUCCGACGAAGACAUUGAGCUGGGACCGAUGGGAGGCCACGGGGACAUGCAUGACGUUGAUAUGACUGUGCCGGCACCAGACUACGAGCUCCACGCGAGGCCGUCGGAUCGCGCCGGUGCUUGA